CCUAACAGCUGGCCGUAGACGGCGAAUAGGAGACCAUCUGUUACACCGCGAUUCGAACCAGACGAUCUACCUGAUAAAAGAUACAGGUAGAAAGGACACCGAAGAGAGGCAUAGAAAGGCAAUCUCCAUAUUUCUUCAUAAAGUUCCCGUACAAGAAGAAGACAUUGAAGAAGAUAACGGAGCAGAGGGUUUUGACGAUGGCAAACGCAUCAUUUCUGAGAACGGCUCUGAGAUUGAUUCUGAUGUUGGGAAGCACAGAAGGAAUCAACGCCAAUAGCACCACAGAGAUGAAGGCAAUGCCGAUCUGAAGAACACUCCAUGAACAGUGAAGCAACAAGCCAAACAUAUGCCUGGAUUCUUGGAUGGAAGAGCCUGGCCUGAGCAAUCCAGAGGAGAGUAUCCUGCCACAUUCUGAAUCGAAGGAAAGAAAACGAAGAGAGAGAGAGAGAGUUCCACGAUGAAGAUUGAAGAUGAUGAAAGAGGAAGAGAGAGUUCAGAUGAAAGAUUGAAAAGAUGAUAAAAGAGGAAGAGUUAACUGAAUCAAGUUAGAGUCUUUAUAGAGUUAACUGAAGAGAGAGUCGCUUCUUGUUAACUGAAUCAGUUAGAGUCUUCAGAUAGAGUCCUUUAGAGAAAAAUUUAAUCACUUUUGCUUUUCUAAAACCUCUUUAAAUCCGUUUGACACUCAAGGCCUCAACAUCUAUUUUCAUGAUUUUUUCUGAAAGUUAGAAUUUGAGUCUUACCAGUCCAAGUCUUAAACAAUCACACCCGUACUAUUUUCUUUUUGAGGAGACAUUGUUACAUACUAUCAACUUAAUGGUUUGUGUUAAAUGCAGAGCUGAGAUGUGCUCAAGGAUUGAAUCUCUGGCGAAACAACUCCAGAGAGGUCAAUGAUGUUAUAUUCAAGGGUUAUUGGAAAGGAAAAUCCAGAGGGGGAAAGCAACUGAGAUUGAUGCAGCGUGCAAUCUUUUGAACACGGAUAGGAACAAGUUCAACAUACAACGAAGGCUCAAAUGAUGGGCCCUCAUCGUUGCUUCGAGUUCCCGGCUUAGUCAAUCUGGUUAGACGAAAUGAAUAUGUACUCAAGAGAUCCUCAUCAUUGCAUCUUCAAUAUGCUAUAUUCCAUUGUGUAUGAGAAACAAGAGCGUCUAAGAAUCAUAAUGGACUAGGAGAUGGUCCUUAAAUGGAUGAUUUCCUACGCUUAUUUCUUUUCCAUAUCCGUGCUGUACACUUGUAUGCCUUAUGAUAUUUGGGUUAGCAAUAGGUAAUGCUUUAUAAAUGUUUUCUUUCUUUAACAACGAAACUUUCCCACUUUCUAGGCUUUUGCUGGUUACUUGCAAGACUCGAGUUCUUUCUGCUUAUCCAGUCCACUUUCUAUUUCCUUUAUGAAAGUUAACAGAGCAUAUUUCAGAUCAUGGACAGAGAAAGAUUUGGAAGCUGAUAACUAAAUGGGAUUUCUGAGGUUACAACUUUUGUAAGAUAAACGUGACUAAAGAAGCAUUCUUAGCCGGGUACUUGAUGACUGUUGUAAGUUGCAUGAUUUUUAUAUCUUGUCUUGAGCCUGGCGCAGUUGAUGUCUUCCUUGAAUUCAUCUGUUACUAUGGUGGACCGCUUCCAGAGGAUUUACUCCCACAGUUCAAGUGCCCGGUUCUAGUUGCAUGGGGAGAAAAAGAUCCAUGGGAUCCAAUCAAGCUUGGAAAAGCUUAUGGUAAUUUUGAUGCAGCUCCUCAGGAUGAGAAGCCGGAAAUGGUGAACCCACUUAUUGAAUCAGUCGUUGCGAGACAUUCGAAGUCCAGUACAGCCUUUGCUCCAGGCAUUUGAUCUCAGUUUCUUUUACACUUUUUGUAUAUCGGUACAGAAACAUAUCAUCUGAACCAGCAUAAAUUGUCAACAUGUGAGAACUCAGUGUGACAAAACUGUGACUGCAUGCAUAUCUUUGAUGAAGUAGAGAUCUCAGUAAAGGAAACAAAACCUUUCGCUCCAGACUUGCUAUCGA